UGUCGGUAUAUAAAAUCUGACAAUAUGUAUACAAAAAAAAUGCGAGGUGUCUCCGUCGUAGAGAACGGUGAAUGACGGCCGAGCAUUUCCCCACCACCCGUCACAAAAUCCACGUGCAACACCGUUAAUUAACCACUUGUUACCACACUUUCCUUCUCCCUCGCCCGCCAUUCUCGCUCUCCCCCUCUCUCUCUCUUACACAAUCUAAUUUCUCCAUUUCACUGCUACAAUUCUUCUGCAUGCACCUGCGUGCUUAAUCAAUCAAUCAAAAUCAAAUUCAAAUUCAAAUUCACCAAUGUCAAGAGGACCUCCACCAGGUAUAAAACUAUUCAGAGGCAAAGAAUGGAGUCUUCAAACGUACCGUUACUUAGUUUUACUCAUAACGUUCAUCGCCUACGUUUGUUACCACGCUUCACGAAAACCAACCGGAAUCGUCAAAAGCGUUUUAUGUCCCGACGCAAUUAAAAAAGCGAAAUAUUCAGGGUGGGCUCCGUUUAACGGACCCAACGGUGUUUCCAAAUUGGGAGAAAUCGAUGUAGCGUUCUUAGCUUGUUAUUCUUUAGGGAUGUAUGUUGCAGGACAUUUAGGUGAUUCUCUUGAUCUUCGUUUGUUUCUUACCAUGGGAAUGAUUGGAAGUGGGAUUUUUGUUGGUUUAUUUGGGAUGGGUUAUUUUAUGAAUGUUCAUGAGUUUUGGUUUUAUUUAUUGAUGCAAAUGAUUGCUGGGUUGUUUCAAGCGACGGGUUGGCCUUCUGUUGUUGCGGUUAUUGGGAACUGGUUUGGGAAGAGGAAGAGGGGGCUUAUAAUGGGGAUUUGGAAUGCGCAUACUUCGGUUGGGAAUAUUAGUGGUUCACUUCUUGCUGCGAGUGUUUUGGAUUAUGGUUGGGGUUGGUCUUUUGUUUUGCUUGGUUUGUUGAUUAUGUUUGGUGGGUUUGUUGUUUUUCUGUUCUUGCCGGCUUAUCCUGAGGACGUUGGGUUUUGUUAUAUUCACGGGGAUGAAGAGGAGCAGAGGGUUAAAACGGUUGGUGGUGAUGUGGUUGAAGGGGAGGGAGAGAGGGAGAGAGAGAAUCAGAGGUCUGGUGAUGGGAGUGAUGGGAGAGAUGGGAGAGAUGGGAGAGGGAGGAGUAUUGGACUUUAUGAAGCUUGUAUGAUACCUGGUGUUAUUACUUUUGCUAUGUGUCUUUUCUUUGCUAAGCUUGUGGCUUAUACAUUUCUCUAUUGGUUGCCCUUUUACUUGACUCAGACAGAAAUCGGCGGGAAGUAUAUGUCUGUUAAAUCGGCCGGAAACCUUUCAACCUUAUUCGAUGUGGGGGGUAUUUUUGGGGGAAUACUUGCUGGUUACAUGUCUGAUAAACUCAGUGCCCGUGCUAUAACCGCAGCCAGCUUCAUGUAUGCAGCAAUUCCUGCUAUGCUUUUAUACCGAACAUAUGGAAGUGUUUCUCUGCAUGCCAACAUUGGAUUUAUGAUGCUGAGCGGAUUAUUAGUAAAUGGGCCCUAUUCACUUAUCACUACUGCUGUCUCUGCCGACUUGGGUACACAUAAAUCACUCAAAGGUGAUUCUCGUGCUCUGGCCACGGUGACUGCUAUCAUAGAUGGUACUGGAUCUGUUGGUGCAGCUAUCGGCCCUCUUCUUACCGGGUUCCUGUCAACAAGGGGAUGGGAUGAAGUUUUCAUAAUGCUAGUUCUGGGUGCAUUUGUUGCUGGCCUUCUCCUGUCGCCUUUGAUCUUAGCUGAAAUCGCAGAGAAAACUGGCAAAACUAGGCCCAAUGGACAACAAACUCCUAGAGACACCGCAUCUCAACCACUUCUGCAAGAAGAAAGGUGACACUGAUCGGUACAUCUUGAAUCGCCAAACUAUAAUCCCCGGUAAUUGGGUUGUCUUGUACUUAUAUGUGAGUUUAGCUUGCUGCAGCCACUUCAUUGUUCAUAUUUUCAAUGGUGAUGAUAUAUGUCUCUGCUGAUAAGUAAGUCAAGUAGAUUCACCCAGUUAGUUGUAUGUAGUAUACUCUAGAGGGUUCCAUAUCAUUCAUUGUUGGGGAUGGAACUUGCAUGUAGAGGCUGUUUUCUUGUGUCACACUCACAUUCAAAGAGCCUUUGUUUUCAAUUUUGUCUGCAGCAGCAGGUUAGGAUAUUCAACCAAGUUUGUUUCUUGAUCAUAAUCCAAAUCCUCUCCACUUAUCUCAAAUCUUGUUGUGAUUUAGAAGAAAAGUGUUUCUCAAUUAGAAUUGUAUAUGCAAAUAAUAGAUAGUUUUCGGGGUAUGUUUUUGUA